AUGACUACCGCCCACAGACCGACCUUCGAUCCCGCUCGUGGCAAGGAAACCCUUCGUGGCCCAGCCUACCAUCAGCGUCUCCUGCCAGCGCACACCCAACUCAAGUUCCGGAAACCAGGUCAGGGCGGCAAUGCCGAUCGCGACACCCGCGACCUGCGCGCAGAACUCCUUGCCGCCGAGCAGGCACACCAUGCCAAGCUGACCGGCGGCCCUGCCCCAUCGAGCAACAACGACGACGAAUCCUCAGAGCCCACACCCGCCAGCCGUGGCCCCAAGCGAGCGCUUGAAGCCGGUUCCACGGCAGACGACGAUGAAGACCCAGAGGCAAAACGGCGGCGGAUAAUAGAGGAGACACGGGACAUCGAUGCGGACGACUCAGACUCUUCGUCCUCCGACAAAGACGACGAUGAUGACGAUGACUCCUCGGACAGCGAUUCGGACAGCGACGACGAGGAGGCGGAACUGCAGCGAGAGCUCGAGCGGGUGAAGCGCGAGAGGCAGGAGAAACGCGAGCGGGAGGAGCGGGAGAAGGCCGCCGCGGAGGCGGAGCAGCGCGAGAGGGAGAUUGCGAAGGGGAACCCGCUGCUGAACAACAACGGCGGCGGCGCCAAGACCGACUUCAACCUCAAGAGGAGGUGGGACGACGACGUCGUGUUCAAGAACCAGGCGAGGGGCACGGAGGAUAAGAACAAGAGCAAGGAGUUUGUAAAUGACCUGCUGAGGAGUGACUUCCACAAGCGGUUCAUGAGCAAGUAUGUGCGGUAG